UCACAGACCAGUCCGGAGCUAAUAAUGGGUGCUUUAUACAUAAUGCUGGGAAGUUCUGAGAAAAAGACCUUUUUUUGGUGUGUAAUUUUGUAGAGUGGGAGGGACAAACAGACCAUGCUUGUAUAAAAUGUGCACAAAAAAAAAAAAAUCAUUUUGCUUUAGGAGAUUAAACAGAACUGAGCCUCAGAGGAUCAGACUUUCUGCAAAGAAGCAUUGUUCCGAGGACAGCAGCCAAAAUCUGGAGCUGUCCACUGUGUCCUACAGCAAGAGACUGGAGACCUCGUUGCUCACACACAAUGUGGGCUAUUGUUUACGCCGAAGAGCUGGAUGGGCCGAGCGGUCUGUUAAAGGAACAGGCGGAUUUAUUCUUUAUUUAUUACACAACAUGAUCAAUGCUCCUAAUUACGCUGAAGUAGGCAUGACCCCGGGUUCCGGUGUGACCGUGAGCGCCGUGUCACUGCAUGAGGUCACUCCAGCCUGAGAAGAGAAUUCAAUACAGAUCAUGUCCUGGCACAAGGUCGCUUCGUUCCUGCGUGGUCUGUCCCGCAGGAAGCCUCUGGAGCCCGAAGGCGAGGUGUCCACGUUCCGGCGAUGUCUCGGCACUAUAGACCUGGUGGCUCUCGGCGUAGGCAGUACACUGGGCGCCGGCGUCUACGUGCUCUCGGGUGAGGUGGCCAGAUCUCUGUCUGGCCCCAGCAUCAUCAUCUCAUUCCUCAUCGCCGCUCUGGCCUCCAUCUUCGCCGGACUCUGCUAUGCCGAAUUCGGCUCCCGAGUACCCAAGACGGGAUCGGCCUACCUCUACAGCUACGUGACUGUGGGCGAGGUGUGGGCUUUCAUCACCGGGUGGAACCUGUUGCUGUCCUACGUCAUAGGUGCCUCCAGCGUGGCCCGAGCCUGGAGUGGCACUUUUGAUGACAUGAUCGGAAACGUGAUGUCGAAUUACUUCAGCAAACAUGCGGCCAUGGAUCUACCAGGCCUGGCUCCUUACCCAGACUUCUUUGCAGCUGGCCUGAUUAUGCUUCUCGCUGGUCUGCUUGCGUUCGGCGUGAAAGAAUCGACGACAGUCAACAAGGUCUUCACUAGCAUUAACAUCCUGGUGUUGGUGUUCGUCAUCAUCACCGGCUUCAUCAAGGGGAAACUGGACAACUGGUACAUCAGCGAGGAAACGUUAGUGAACGCCACAGCAGAACUCAAAAACCUGACGUCUACGGUCAACGUCACCUCCGAGUUCGGCCGCGGCGGCUUUUUCCCCUACGGUUUCGAGGGCACGCUGGCAGGAGCUGCUACUUGCUUCUAUGCAUUCGUAGGGUUUGACUGCAUUGCAACUACAGGUGAGGAGGUGAAGAACCCUCAGAAGUCUAUCCCGCUGGGCAUUGUCUUUGCACUGCUCAUCUGUUUCCUGGCUUAUUUCGGCGUUUCGGCCGCUCUCACUCUAAUGAUGCCGUACUACCUGCUGAACAUCCACAGCCCUCUGCCUGUCGCCUUCUCCUACGUGGGCUGGGCUGCAGCUAAAUACGUUGUCGCCGUGGGAUCCCUGUGUGCCCUCUCUACUAGCCUGCUGGGAUCCAUGUUCCCGAUGCCUCGAGUGAUCUUUGCCAUGGCUAGAGACGGCCUCCUCUUCAAAGUUCUGUGUAAAGUCAGCUCCAGGAAAAGUCCCGCCAUGGCCACUCUCACCUCCGGCUCUGUCGCAGCUAUAAUGGCGCUGUUAUUCGACCUGAAGGCUCUGGUUGAUAUGAUGUCGAUCGGGACUCUUUUCGCCUACACACUUGUGGCCAUUUGCAUUCUCAUACUGAGGUACCGUGAGCCUGAAUCCGCAGAGAAUGAAAUAAGCUUUACUUCGAGGUCAAGGUUCGGAUUUUUAAAACCUCCAUCGUACCCGACCAAGGAAACGUCAAGCACCGUCAGAGUCUGCACCAUCUUUAUCAUCGUCACGGUGGUGGUCCUGACCGUCCUGCUGUCCAAAGCCAUCACAUCGCUGCUACUGCUGGAGGUCUGGAGUCUGGUGUGUGUGUCUGUGAUCCUCUUCAUAAUGAUGUUCAACACGCUGGUGAUCUGGAGACAGCCUCAGAAUCCCUCUAAAGCAGCCUUCAUGGUCCCUUUCCUGCCUUUACUUCCUGUGGUGAGUUCAUUCAUCAACAUUUACCUGAUGGUUCAACUCGGAGGAGCCACCUGGAUCCGCUACGCCGUCUGGAUGGCUGUGGGACUCCUGAUCUACUUUGGGUACGGCGUGAGGAACAGCGUCCAGAAACAGAGGCUUCUGGGAAACAUGAGCAACCUGGAACCCACACAAGAAAUGACCAAGAAAGACGUGACUAAAGAAUAACACCAGCAUCUGAUAAUCAAAUACUGUGUUUAGAGAUCAUCUAAUUAUAAUAACAAUAAGUUUAUUAACAAUAAGUUAAUGUGUUGAAAAAUAACGGUGGAACAAUAAUACAUUUUUAUGCCACAGAGCUGUGGACACACUGAGGGCUGAUAACUGACACUUUACUGAAAAUAAAAUAUUACUUCAUGGAUCUACAGAUAUAUUUUCCACUUUAUGGGAAAUAUUACUUUAU